AUGACGGCUGGCAGAUUUCGCCGGGUGGCGUGGCGCGGUCUGCAAGGCGGCUCCGCCGUUCUGGGCGUAGGCCUGGCGGUGCGGGAGCUUCAGGACGCCUUCUUCCAGGAUGUGCAGGUCGAUGACAGGGCCCAGCUGCUCCUGGGACUCGACCAGGGCCUGCUGCGAGCCCGACGCGAGCGCGAACAGAAGCUCCGCGACAUCAUGGCUUCGGCAGACCAGCGGGCGCGUGCCGUGGUGACCACAGCUGGCGACGGCAACUCUGCCCAAGCGUUGCUGCAGCUCCGGGCCCAGCUCGUGGAGGAGGAAGUGGCCUGGCAAGUGACAUGA